CUACUCCCGGAGGCGGCUGAAAGGUGUAAAUUUUUAAGUAGAUAAAGUAGAUCUAGACCAUUGUAAACUCUAGUCAAGACACUUCUACAAAAGGUUUCUCACAUUGAUAUUGAGACAUACCAGUUCAUACAUUUUCCUCAGCAUGGAUCAAGAUAGAAUACAGUCUAAUCAGUUUGACCAAGCUAUGGCCACCAGCACUCUAGAAGUGAACCCGGCUGACGUUGCUACUACUACUAGUCGACCCACCACUCCUUUGAUAGUGGAGGACAUAGGAAGCAAUGAUGAUGCUCGGGAUGUUACUGCCCCUGUAGCUGUGGGUAUUGAGGCGACGCUUCUGUCUGCAUUAAGAGACAAAGAUCAUGAUGAUAGCAGCAGUGUUCGAAGCUUUAGCUCUCAAGAAGAUCUGCUUGACAGACUCGGUGACCUGGAAUCGGACCCUGAACUUCAAGAGAGUGAGCCGCCUGAAGUAGCUGACCACAAGAUUUCUGGUAGCAAAACUUCUGAAAUAACUGUCAACCCUGCUCCAUCAGGCGAUGAAGAAGCGCUAACAUCUGAGGGCCACGAGAUUGAGCCAGGAGACCAAGCUGAAGCUAGUCCGCAGGAUGAGACAAUAAUAGAUUAUGAUGCAGAUAAUGAGAGUGAUGACGAACUGAAUGCCACGGUCAUUGCUGCUCAAGGAGCUCAACCAGGUGUUGUUGAUACGGGUGCCAUCGAAACUAUGCACAUUGUUCACCCUAACGGGGACCUCAACCAAGCCGUCGCUGAAACUUCCGAUGAGGUAUUGAAGGUUAUAGAGGAGCAAGUACCCCACACCAACCUUUCCCCCGGGGCUAUUGUCAAUGAGGUGGAGGCCGUGCAGGUGACGGAACCUGACGGAGCCUCUAGUAUUAUAAUGGUAUCCGGGAAAGACUGGUACCUUCUUACGGAAGACAACGGCACUUCCCUAAAAGUGAUACAAACUAACGAGGAUGGCACAUCCAAAAUGGUCUUGCAAAACGGUCAAGAAGUGCCCUUGACAAAACCGUUUCCAUUUGUUACUACCUUUGUUGGCGAAGGAGAUGGCUGAUGUCUUCUAUCUUCAUCAUUAAUCUUCAUUUGAUUUCUGCGCUCCUCUCUAUCUCUGCGUGUGUGUACUAUCCAAACACACACUGCACCUUUUGCACACUCCGCACACUGCACUUUCUGCACACUCCGCACUCAGCACACUCUGCACACUCCGCACACUACACUUUCUGCACACUCUGCACGCCAACUCAAAGAGCAAAGGUCGUGUGCAUGUGCAAUGUUUAGUGCCAGACGAAUAGCAAUGCUAGUGAUGUUUGGUUACUGGACGUACCUUCUGCACACUCCGCAAACUACACUUUCUGCACUUUGCACACUGCACACUCUGCACUCUCUAUUGAAACCGCACUUAGGACGAAGACAAGAAGAUGCCAAGGACAAGGACGAAGACAAGACAAGAAGAUGCCAAGGACAAGGACUUCCCUUCAACGUGAAGGCGAACUGACAUUGGGUGUAUGUGGAAAGCAUAACACAAAAAUUAAUGUAAUGCUGAUUGAAUGUACUAUAGAUAUCUUUUCUUUUUCGACAAAAAGUCAUCACUUGCCUUUCUUCCAGUUUUCGAGGAACUCACGCAUAAAAUGGAUUUUUGUUCAUCGAAACAUUUGCCAUAAUUAUUAUUUUGCAUCCAGUACAUUCCCAUUCAUUAUACACUCAUUCUUUUUAACUUUUAUGCUAGUCAUUUGAUACAUGUCUGAAGUUUAAUGCAUUAUAUUUUUACCUCAAUACUGCUUUGUGGUUUAUGUGGCUUGUUAUUGUGAGUAUUUUGUAUUGUC